AUGGCUCCUUCUUCUUCUCCUCCGCGUUUGCCAAACGUCACCGACCUGGCGCCCCAACAUGCGGCGUUUCUGGAUCAACACUUCCGAACCAAACGCGACUUAUCUCAGGGAUCCUCCAAUCUCUCUCUCUCCUCCUCGCUCUCGCAGCAAUGCUCCGAGCUAGAGUCCCUCUUACUCCGGCACGCGGCGAAACGCACCGUUUCGUGGAUCUCUCGCUCCUUCCUCGCCAAAUCCUCGCUCCAUCAACUCUCCCUCGCUCUCCGCGACCUCUCCCUCCGCACUUCUCCGUCGGGAAUUGGUUCGAAGAGGUUUCGGCGGGUGUUGAGUGAGGAGAUUCCUCGAUUGACCAAGGAAAUGAACCGAAUCGAGUCUUUUCGGUGUUAUCUUGAGACUGCUGUACAGUUGGAAGCUCUAGUUGGGGAUCUUGAAGAUGCUUCUCUCUUUGUCAUGGCUUGCCACAGAGGGAAUAUGUUUAAAUUGAAGCUCUUGAAUUCACCUAUCUCUGAAGAUGCUGCAAGAAAACAUGACAAGUUGCUUCAGGCUAUAAAAGCCAUGAAUGAUAUCGAAGAGGUAUUGGUUGGCGUUGUAAAAUUCCAUCUUCAGUGGCAUUGUCUUCUUAAGUCUGUUGACAUUAGAGUAGAUAAGAUCUUAUCUGCUCUCCGGCCACAAGUUUUUGCAGAUCAUCGGGCUCUUAUAAUCUCUCUUGGAUGGCCACCGAAACUGCUUCUAUCAAAAAAUGGAAGCGAUCAUAUCACACAACUUCCUAACCCAUUGGUUCUUAUGCAAGAAGAUAAAAGAAGAAAAUACUCGCAAAGUUUUAUAGCCCUCUGUGCUUUGCAGCAUCUGCAAAAGAGAAGGGAAGAAAGACAGCUUAAUAAUAAUCUUAUAGAGAAAGACACUCAGAACAUACAGCUUUGGGCCAUUGAUGAAUUAGUGUCACCUAUUGCAUCAAGGAUGGAAUACCAUUUCACCAAAUGGUCUGAGCAGCCAGAAUAUAUGUUUGCUUUGGCAUAUAAAGUUACCAGAGAUUUUGUUACAGGAAUAGAUGGUGUCUUGCAGCCACUUAUUGACAAGGCCAGGCUUAUCAGUUGUAGUGCAAAGGAGGCAUGGGUCUCUGCAAUGGUCCAAAUGCUCUCUGGCUUUCUUGAAAAAAAGGUUUUUUCUUUGCUCGCUGAAAGAUAUAAAGUAAAGCAUUUGAAGCCUGAUGUAUCAUCUUCAUGGCUUCACCUUGUGGACCUUAUAAUUGCAUUUGACAAAAAGAUGCAAUCCCUUCUCAAUUUGGAUACUUGUUUUCUGGCAAUGUCUGAGAGUUUUGAAGGGAACUCAAGAGGCAUAUCAGUUCUAUCAAUAUUUUGUAAUAGGUCUGAUUGGCUAAAGAUCUGGGCGAAAAUAGAGUUCAAAAAUACCUGGAAGAAACUUAAUACCGAACUGAAAGAAGAGAACUCGUGGGUGAUUUCUAAGAAAUGCAGACCUGGGAUUGACACAAAUCAGGACUAUCUGCUAUCGACUGUUGAAGAUCAUAAAGCUCCACCUAUUGCAGAGUUUUUUCUUAAAAUAAUCUGGGAAAUAAUUGAACGUUGCCAAACUGUGCCAUCCAUUUUAUCACGUGCACAAUUUCUUAGAUUUACUGCAGGAAGAUUCCUUUGGUACUUCUUUAAGUUUUUCCUUUUUCAGUUCAAGACAACUGAAUUAUGUCUGGAUAAUUCUGAUGUUGCUUUAGUUAGAGUGUGCGGGUUAAUAAAUGCUGCCAGAUAUAUUUGGAUUAAAUUGCAAGAAUGGAGUGAUUCUGUGGAUGUUUUGGAGAUGAAAAUUGCUGAAAAUGAUGCUGGCAAGCCCAUGCAAGAUGAUUCAAUGGAUAAUGGCUGCUUUUUUGACGAAGAAAUGAGGAGCUUGUCUGAAAUGGAAACGAACUGGCUUAUGGAAAUUAUUGCAGUUAUUCUUCGACAGUUCGAAAUGCUUUCUUGGGAAUAUGUUCAAAACAAUGAUAGCUUUAAAGAUGAUCAAGGUUAUACAAAUCUAAGAGAGGAUGUUGAUUUAGUAGUUUCUAAUGAUUUUGUUGAAGCUUUGGACGCCUUAAAAUCCUGGCUUCAAACUGUGAAGAUAAAUCUCAAUAAGAAGGAUUUUUCGGAUUUGUGGAGAAGCAUUGCUGAGGGGCUAGAUCAUUACAUUUCAUGCAGCAUUGUCAGAAGUGAGACUUGGUUCUUUAAGGUGGGAGCCAAUCAAUUUGAAGCUGAUAUGCAAGCACUAAUAUUUAUUUUUCAGCCUUACUGUGCUCGCCCACAAGCAUUUUUUCCUUGUAUUAGCGAGAUUUUUAAACUAUUGAAACUGAAAAAAGAAGAGGUAAAGCUAAUGCACACACUUUUAUCCAACAAUGAAAAUGGAUCAGAUAAAUGGGAUUCAGCAGAAAUUUCUAAGGAUGCUUCACAAAUCUUCCUGACUGACCAAGGAAAUGAAGUGAAAUAUGCUGGAGGAAGAACUGAGAUGUCUGAGGUGGCAUUAGAGAGGGGAGUUGAUUAUGCUGAGAAUGGCCGUAUGAGGGACUAG